ACGGGAUAAUCUUAAUUAGAUGGCCUCUAUCGACCAAGCCAAUUUGGGAUUUGGCGAAUAUAAUAAACGUUUGAAUCCGUCCUUGUAUAAAAAGACGCAGUGCCUUUCGAUGUGUCGUACUUAUCCACGCCUCGCGUCUCUGUAAUCCUUUUGAGGCCAAACAAAAAUGAGCGCGGAACCACGCUCGUCGGCGUGGAUGGAUAGGGAGGUGAAGCCCGUCGCGUAGCGGAGACAGAGGAGAGAGAGAGCGGUCAGCUUUUUUGGCGAAGCGAGAGGAGGCGUGCAGUGAAGGAGAAGGCAUCCGUUCUCUCCAUCAAUCAUCCCGUGCGGUGGGCGAUGCGGCGCUGUGUCAGCGACAGCGUUGCUGCGGCGUCCCCCCUUGGCUUCCACGCCCACGUCGCGGGCGUAGGCGACCCCACCGCGAUGGGAAAGCAGCGGAGGGAGGGGGCGGGCGCGACGCAAUCGUGCGGAGCAGUGCAUGCAGUUGAUUCCAACACACCACCAUCACUUGCGCUACGCCCCGCCGCGUUCGGUGGCGGGACCUGCGCCCCACUCUUGCUGCUACUUGCGCACCGAACCUUCUCCCUCCUUUCGUAUCUUUAUCUCCUUUCGCUCUUUUAUUUUCUUUUCUUUUUUGAUCGCGAGGACGAGGCGAAUCGACGGUCUUGGAGAAUCAGGCGAGAAAAUCCCUCGAUAGAAAUGGGACGAUGCUAGUGGUGGGAGUGGAGUUGCAACUUGGAGAUUUUGCUUGUUUUGUUUCGCUCAAAUCAGGUCGCAAAAGGGAGCAGCGAACGGUCGUGGUGGGGGUAAUUAAUGUGCAGGCGAUACGCAGAAGCGUCAAGGCAAAGUAAAGCGAAGUAGUGUUAUUCGAUUGGGCUUCGGAUGUGAUGCCACUCUCUUGGCCUGCCACUGUGGUGUGUUGGGGCAGCCACCUGUAAAUUGUCUAUCUUCU